UGUCAUUUAAUUUACAGCACAUACUUUCUUAUCAAACAUUUUCAAAAUUACUAAUCAACUUUUGUCACUUUGUAUACGAUGUAAAUUCCAGUUAGGAAAGGUCUUUGCAAAUACGAUUUUGCAUUAGGUCAGCAUAGACCAUCAUAAUCUUACUCGAACAUAAGCAUUUUUGGAGCCCACGUAGCCCUAUAAUAGCAAAGCUGUUCCCUAAUCACUUAGAUUGUAUGUAAGUAAAAAUUUGAAAAAAUCCUCUUCUGAAUAACUAUAACAAAGUAUGGUUGAUAUAUCUAAUAAGAGUAUGUGUUCAUUGCAUUUUACUUUCAUGAAUGGAUACUGUUAGAAAUUCUGUUCUGCUGCCCGAUGAGCUGUUUCUGGCCUUCAGUCGGUUUUUGGGAUAUCAAAAGGAUCUGAAUUCAGAGGCGACCAGCCCAAAUCCUUGCCAGAACAACCUCAGAAGGACCUAUCCCAUUAGCGACGACGACAGCUACGAUCCCUGCCCCACAGUGAGUCGGUUUUCAAUGCGACGUAAUAACUUUGAGCCAGAGAAAGAUCCCCUCUAUCGAUCCACCUUGAAUGGCAGCAGACAGAAUGAGUCAAUGACACAGAAAGUGCUCCCAGCCUCUUGUAACAAAGACGACGAAUAUCAAUGUUGCAACUUGCCGGAUUGUCCGAACAAUAGUGCCCCGGCUCAGGAUCCUAACAAACCGACAUUCCCUUUCGAUUCUUUGAUUCCUUUUCAUCCUUUGGUUAACCAACCCCAACAUCCCCGGCAUAGUGUCUCACGAUCCCACAGCGUCCCCAGACAUCACGAUAGCCUCCACACACCUCAUAGGUUCGAUCACCAUAACGCCCAUCAUGUCGAUCCAGCAAAAGGCUCGCAUUCGUCAAAGCCUCAUCACCCUAGUACACCCUGCGAACUGAAUGCACCAGGUGGGAAUAGGGACUUCACCCACAGCGAUAGGUAUGACAGGAAUCACAGUUCCAGAAAUAGCACCUUGUACGAUUGGAACGACACAUCCCAAAUUGGCGUGAACUACGGCGAGUUUCAAAGGCGACAAAGGCUGUUGCAUCAAAUUCAGCAACAGCAAAAUCAGCAGCAGCAAUCGCGACGGCACAAUCAGUCCAAUAUAUCAUGGUUGGACAGUGACGAUCCCAUUGUGUUUCAACCAGAUCUCAAUAGCACGCGAAUAAACCAGGAUGAUUGUCAUCAGCAGUCGGUGAAAAAAUGCCCUCAGCAGGCACCUCGCCACCAACCAAAGGCUGCUUGUCAGAUGUGCAAUUCAAGCUGCAGCCCGCAAAGUACAAUACCCCCAAUGUACGAAUGCGAAAAAACUCCCGAAAUGCUACGCAGGCAAACAAUGUGCGAGUCACCACAGCUACAAGGUCGUCAAAUGCAGUAUGAGACGGAACUUAAUAGAACCAGCUACCUGCAGCCACCUGAGUCUUUAAAAAAUGCGAGAUGUAGACCCCAACCAAACCAAAGUCUUGGUCAAAAUCAGUGUCUAAACGAUGUAUCUCUGAAUCGCACGCCGCUAUGCCAGGAUUCCAUGAAUCACGAUCAAAACUCUCGAUCCAGAAAUAAUCCCAGCUGUUGUGGCCAAGGAUCUACAGCCUGUGGAAAAAGUAUUGAAGACAACCAAAGCCUUGGAUGUUGUGGCAAUAAGUCUGCGCCCAGAAAUCAAACCUAUUUGGACAUGUCCCAGGCGAUGUUGGGGAGAUCGUGCUUGAAUCAAACUUCUUUGGAUGAAACCCAUCACAACUCUUCUUUGAGGGGACGGUCUAUGCGAGUGCCAGUUCAAACACCUGAGGAUCGUCUGAUCGAGCGCAUUCAAAACGAGUUCCUCGAGACCUUGGUAAAGGACCGCUUCUGUCCGGGCAUCUUACAAGCUAGUCUCGACGAGCGUGAGGACUUCAACCAGUACGCCCGAGAGAUCGCUUUUGCAGGACCCGUUCCGGCCAAACCUGUUCCGGUGGAUCCCAUCACCAUGAUAGAAGCCAUUAAGCUGCGCAUCGACUACGAACGCAAAGAGAUCCGAAAGGAAAAAGAUAGUGCUGUGGAGCGAGAUAGGGACUUAAAAAACCAGUCAAGAGAUGGAAGGCCGAGGCGUACCCGACCAAUAACCAAUGAGGAUAUCGAAAUUCACUUCGAUAAUAAGAACAACUCCGAGGUCAACGAGGGCGUGGCCGCCUUUUUGAAGGCGGAGAUUGAGUAUCGGAAUACCAAUAUGGGAACAGACUCCGCCUUUGAUGCCCAUAUCAAUGGCAUUGAUAGUCACCUAUUUGAUGAAAAAAUUAAAAUCAGUUCCUACACAGCAUCUACAACUCCAGUUUAUAGGUAACUUCACCUGGACUUGUAAUCGAACACAUUUAUUAAACAUUCAUAUUUUGAAUAAAUGUAGUAAUUUCCAA